AAUGUGGUUAUCGAUUGUAACCGUUUCCAGAAAGUGCGCAUGACGCAUCAAGCUGACUCUGUACAAACAGGGAUGCGUUUCUCCUAAUAUUGUACACGUUUGUAAAAGUUUUAUAACACCGUUGUGCAAAUGUAUUUUGAAAUUCAUACAAGCUUUCGGAAAAUGUCCGCUUGAAGGUUUCGUCCCGCCAAUAGUCGUUACUGAAAAACGUUAAAGCAUCGUCUCGUACCUAUUUCGCAAUAUUGUGACUUACUUGUUUUACUACCAAAACCCAUUAUCAUCCGUUGUAUUUAAAUUUCUGUCCAAGUACAAAAAAUUACACUUUCUUACACUUCCAAAGGGAUAGGAAAAACUGCAUAAUUUACGUAACGUUUUCGCAGCUUUCAUUGUAUUUAUUUUUUUUUAUGUUUUUGUUCGUAUUGCCGGUCGAAAAUAUACGUAGUCUGCGUACAUACGUGUGUUUCUAACGAGAAUAUACAUUUUUCGAACAGCAACAUCGAUACGAGUGACAUCAAUGUGAAAUAGAAAUCUUAAAACAAAAUCCAAAAGAUGACAACUUGGCAAAGUACACCUGGUGCAGGAUUUUAUCCAGGACAACAAGGUUUUCCUCAACAAAAUCCUGGGUAUCCACCUCAAUCCGGAUAUAAUCCAGAAUAUAUAUCUCCUUUCGGAGCACCACCACCAGGCUUUAUUCCUCCUCCAGGCGCUCCUCCUCCAGGUGGCCCUCCUUACGGACCAGCAGCUCCAUUUGGUGCAGAAGUUCAAGGCAUGUAUGGGUCAAAUUAUGCAGAAGAUCCUAUGCAAGAUGAAAUCAAAGGAUUUGAUUUCAACGAAAAAUCGAUUAGAAAUGGAUUUAUCAGGAAAGUUUAUAGUAUACUGAUGUGUCAACUUCUAAUAACGGUGUCACUAAUAGCACUAUUCCUUUAUCAUCGCCCAACUCAACUAUGGGUGAUGCAUCACCCAGAAUUGUUUUGGAUUGCUUUUGUAGCUACUAUAGUCCUGAUAAUAUGUAUAGCUUGCUGUACCAGCGUAAGAAGGAAAGCUCCCAUGAAUUUUAUAUUUUUGUUCCUAUUUACGAUAGCAGAAGGUUUUCUAUUAGCUACUGCUGCUUCUACGUUCAAGUCUGAAGAGGUACUAUUGGCCGUUGGAAUUACAGCAGCUGUAUGCCUCUCGCUAACAUUGUUUGCAUUUCAAACAAAAAUCGAUUUCACUGGUCUGAACAGUGUUUUGUUUGUUGCAUUGGUUAUUUUUGUACUGUUUGGAAUAAUUGCAUCAUUCUGGCAUGGGAAAAUUAUAACUAUAGUUUACUCAUCCAUUGGAGCUUUACUCUUCUCUAUAUAUUUAAUCUAUGAUACACAAAUGAUAAUGGGCGGUAACAAAAAAUAUUCGAUUUCUCCAGAAGAGUAUAUCUUUGCAGCUUUGACUCUUUAUAUAGAUAUUGUCCAAAUCUUCAUUGACAUACUAAUGUUGAUUGGUGUCUCACGAAACUAAAUAUUGUAAUAUAAAUGUUUUUGACAGUCGCUGGAUUAAUAUAUUUUGUAAAAUGCUUUUAUUUAUCCUAAUUCUGUUUUUACUCUUUUGCCUUGGCGCACAGAGUAUCUUACAGAUACGUAAUUCAUAAUACGAUUUGGAGAAUAUUGGCAAGCAUAUUGAGCAUUAAUCUCUGUGAAAUAUAGUCUUUUCACGUUUUUCAAAGUAUAAUCAACAUAGAAAGUACAGAGAAAUUGUUUUAAAAUUCGAUUUACAAUCUUGCGAAUCAAAUAAAAUAAUUCCAAUGCUAAGAGAAGUAAGCUAAUCGUUAUUAUAGUUAAGAAUAUAAAUAGGUAUAUGAGAAAUGUAAAUGCAUAAUUGAUGUAUCUGUUUAUGUUCAUUUCAAAGUAUUCAUUAAAUUAUAUUCAUUAAAUGUGUUUGAGAAAGUAUUUCAUUUGAUAAAAAAAACCUACUUGCUUUUUAUACUUCACCAUAACACAACAAAAUUCUAUAUAUGUUGAAAACGAUUAACGUAAUCGUUAAUAUAUGUU